AAAGGGUUUUACAAAGUCGCCAUUUUGUGUCAUAACCGCCAUGUUGGACGGUACGGUUCAUGGUUCAUAUACAUAUGUACAAUUAAAUAAAUUACAUUACGCCAUUUACCUACGCCAGAGUGCUGUCAGCGCUUUGGUGCAUCAUUAUUAUUAAAAAUGUCACGUAGAUUGACGAAGCGGUAUGUGACGCAAGCUGACGAAUACAAGUGCAGUUUGUCGGCGGAGACACAAGCUAUUGCACAAGAACAACUCAGGGAGACGGAAAACUCCAGGUCUCAGGCCCUCGCCGCGCUCAGAAACUGGCUGGAACAGAACCCCAAGUUCAUGGCCAUUAGAUUAGAUUCAAGCUUUCUCCUUCGUUUCCUUCGAACAAAGAAAUACAGCGUCCCGAUGGCUCAGGAGGCUAUCGAGAGGUAUAUCCUGCUGCGUCAGUCCUGGGGCAUCGCCUUCAACCAGCUGGACUACAAGCUGCCCGUCAUGAUGGAAUUGAUCGACCUUGGGUUCAUAUUUGUCAGUCCGUUCAAAGACAAAGGCGGCCGGCGCGUUGUCAUAUACAGGCCCGGUGUCUUCGACCCGUACAAGUAUACCAACCAGGACAUGUGCCGGGUAAUGGGCAUCUGCUACGAAACCUUGAUGGAGGACGAGGAGAACCAAGUCCGCGGGCUGGUGCACUUCGCAGACGGUAGCGGAGUCAGCUUCCCGCAUCUCACCCUGUUCACGCCUAAGGAGGCUGUGAGAAUUGUUAAGAACGGUGAGAGAACUAUCCCCAUGAGACACAAGGAGAUAUACGGUGUUAAUGUCCACCCGACCAUCAAGUUCGCAUUAGAUUUCGGCAUGGCUCUCAUCUCUGAGAAGAUUAGGAAGCGAGUGAAACUGUACAGUGCCCCAGAGGACGUGGAGAUUGACAAAACAUUGCUACCCAAGGAGUACGGCGGUGACAUGCCCAUGAAAGAGAUGAUAGAUUUAUGGAAACAAGAGCUUGAAAAGAACCGAGACACUCUGUUGUUGAACGACAAAAUGGCGGUCCGUCUAGAGAUGUACAGCGAGGCGGCGCGAGAGGGCGCCGUCUCAGCACUCCGAUCCGGCGCGAAAACGUGCGCGGGCGCAGACGCCGUCGGUGACGCGAUGAGGGGCCUUACGGGGAACUUCAGAAAAUUAGAAGUAGACUAGCUAAACUUGACUGAUUACAAAAACUAUAUUAAGUUAUAGUGGGAUAAGGUAAUAUAAUUUUAAUCAUAUAAGGCACUAAAAGGAAACCAUGGAAAGAGGAGUACUUGUUUGCAAAUAUGUUUAACCGAAGAAGAUGCAACGCCUUUGAAAUAACAACCAAAUAAAGCUACUUUUAAACUGAAAUAGCGCGAUAUGCAAGAUGGCCAGAGUUCCUGGGAGAAAUGAUCAGACCUCUCCGAUAGAUGUGUCUACAAGCAACAAAGAAUUCUAUUAGUAGAUUUUUAACAUACCUAGCACACAUGAGAGAGAACAGGAUGAAGACUUUGCUGUCGCAUGUCUUAUACAUCCGGUAGCGAAAACGUAUCUAACGAUAUGUCACUUGUCUACGGGGCAGGGUUUACAAUGCACAUUUAUAGCCUAAAUUUAUCGGAUAAGAGAGCUAGGAUUUGGUAUGUGUCAAGCUAUAGGAACAGAACCAUUGAUUAAUAGAUCAGUCAAGAUCAUUAAUGAAGUAUUGCCAUUUAAAUUUCUACAAUUUGGGUAACAUUUCCAUAUUUCCAUAUAUCUUUGGCGAUUUUAACAAAUUCCUUUGGUCAUUUUGAAAUUAGAAGUGGCAAUACUAUUAAUGACUGAUGCCUUUACCCGUGGUAUUAUUAAUAUUUGUAUUAUUAUAUUUAAUAAGAUAGAAUCCAUGACACCGUUUUUAUGUACCUAAAUUAGGUAUAGGAUUAAAAAUAAAGUGUACAAAUUA